UGUGUCACCGUGAGCCGGAGGUCGACGUGUGCACUGUCCUGAGCGCUGACCACGAUGAGCUUCGCCCCGACGCCUGCUAGCCUUCCCCCGAAGCACGUCGUCUAUCGGUUCAACGAGCCCAAGGGACUCCCGGUCAACUACCAUCCGCUGAACCCUGUUCAAUUCCUUCUCAAGGCGGCCCUCCUCCACCCGGACAAGCUCGCGCUCGCAUCUCCAGAUGGUCCCCAUCCGGUGUACUACUCCUUUGCCGUCUGGGCACAGAGGGUGCAGAACCUCGCGUACGCGCUCAUCCAGGCUAGGAUACGUCCAGGCGAUCGCGUCGCUGUCAUCGCGCCCAACUCGCCCAUGAUCGCAGAUAGUUAUUUUGGCGUCCUGGCAGCGCGUGCAAUCGUCUGCGCUGUCAAUACGAGGCUCCGGCCGGACGACGUCAAGUACAUCAUUGAGCAUUCCGGCUCGCGGUUCAUACUCGUCGACCAUGAGUUCACCCACCUCCUCAAAGGGAUCAACCUCCCCCACUAUCCCGGAGACCCAUACGAGGACUUCUUGACCAGUGGACGGGCGUUCAGCCGUGAACGUGGCUGGUUGGGUCUUGAUGUCGAGGCAGACGAAAAUGCAGCAGCAGUUCUUUGUUAUACGUGCCCCAAAGGUGUCCUCACGACAUACCGAGGCUCCUACCUCGCCGCAAUCGCCAACGCUGUCGAAGCCGAAAUGAACUACGACUCCGUCUACCUCUGGAUCGUCCCCCUCUUCCACGCCGCCGGCUGGUGCUACGCCUGGAGUGCCGCAUUCGCCUUCUCCACCCAAGUCACCCUUCGCACUGCUGCCCCAGGUCCGAUAUGGCAGCGGCUCCUUGCGCCGCCUUCAGGUGGCAUCGAAACUGUACCUGGGCAACUACUCUCGCACAUCCCCGCAGCGACACAUUACUGCGCUGCCCCGACCGUGCAGAUCUCGCUCGUGAACGCGACGGAGGCGAGAAGGGUAGCGCACAGCGUGCGGACGAUUGUAGCUGGGAGCGCGCCGACGUCGAGCUUGAUUGCCAGUUUGGAGAGUUUGGGGAUUAGGGUGGUGCAUGUGUAUGGGUUGACGGAGACCUACGGUCCCUUCGUUCGGAGCUACGCAAGACCGCAUUGGAAAGACCUGUCCUUAGAAGAGCGUGCGAAGCUGAUGGCGCGCCAAGGGCACGCCUUUGCGACAGCGCUUGAGGCCCGCGUCGUGUACCCGCCAAAGGACGGCGAAAGCGACGACGGCGAGCUCGUCGACGUGCCGAAGGACGGGAAGACGAUAGGCGAGAUCGUGACGAGAGGGAAUAUUGUGAUGAAGGAGUACCUCAACGACCCGAAAGCGACUCGCAAAGCAUUCCGCGGCAAUCACUUCAACACGGGCGACCUUGCCGUCUGGUUUGAGGAUGGUAGCAUCCAGGUGAUGGACCGGUCGAAGGAUAUCAUUAUAUCUGGCGGAGAGAACGCCUCAAGCCUUGCAAUCGAGCAAGAGCUUGCGACGCACCCUGCUCUCCAAGAGGUUUCCGUCAUCGCGCGCACGCACCCUAAGUGGGGCGAGCGGCCCAUGGCGUUCGUGAUCCUACGCCCGGGAGCAAGGAAGCAGUGGGGCGCGGAUUGUGGCGCAAAGGGUAAAGACACGAACGGAAAGCAGCAGCCCAGCGCGUUCGAGCGCGAGCUCAAGGCCUACGCGAAGGGGCGCUUGCCUGGGUUCGCGUGCCCAGAGUGGGUGGAGGUGGUAGAUGAGUUGCCGAAAACCUCGACCGGGAAGAUUCAGAAGCACGAGCUGCGGAAGGUGGUGGCGAAGUUGUGAAUGGAGGGCAAGUGUGAUGAGAGAGUGAUCUAGCGGACGUGUAUAUUUGUGACCAUGCAAUGUACUAUAUACAAGCCAACAGAGCAGACGGAAUUCUGAGUGGA